AUGGGGAGCUGGGCUAAACUGAAGUCCUCCAGCUGGGCUUAUCACACUGCAGUCCUGUCGCUUUAUGGGUUCUUUGCCUACUGCAGAGUAGCAGAGCCUUUUCUCACACCAUACCUGAUGGGACCAAACAAGAACAUCUCUGGAGAAGUGGUGACCAACUACCUGUUCCCGAUCUGGACCUACUCCAAGCUGGCGUGUCUUUUGCCCGUCUUCCUCCUGACGGACUUCCUGAGGCACAAGCCCCUCGUCGUGGUGCAGGGUCUCUUCCUGGUCACCAACUACGUCCUGCUCUGCUUCGCUCCAGGGCUGCUCGCUAUGGUCUUCCUUCAGGUCAACUAUGGUGUAGUGACUUCCACAGAGGUGGCCUACCUUUCCUACAUCUACAGCGUGAUUCCCAUUGAGAAUUACCAAAGAGCCACUGGCUACGUGCGCAGUGCCAUGCUGGUUGGAUAUACGUUUGGAGCGAGCCUGGCCCAAGUGCUGGUCUCCGUGGCAGAAUUGGACUUAUUCUACCUUAAUGCGAUCACUCUGGGGACUGUAAGCAUGGCUUUCCUCAUCUCCUUCUGGUUGCCCAUGCCCCAGAGGGGUCUGUUCUUCAAAGGGAAAAAGGAUGCAGCUGUGGGCUCCAGUUCCCAUCAGACCGGGCCUCUGGGAGCAGACAGGCCCGAGGAAGCGGUGAUGGAUAAGGAGGAGGUCGGCUCCAGGCAAGAGAAGAUGGAGCUUGAUGGCAGCGGAGGAUGGCACAGCUUGGAAAAUAUGGCCAGUGCAGGCCAUCUACUCUGGAAGAGCUUCAGGGAGACCUAUUCUUCAAGGAAUGUCAUCUAUUGGUCUCUGUGGUGGGCUCUGGCCACAGCUGGAUACGAGCAGAUUUUCAACUACGUCCAGCUCAUGUGGGACCACAUAGAGCCAUCUGCUACAUCAUCCAUCUACAACGGGGCGGUGGAGGCUGCCUGCUCCCUUGUGGGUGCUAUAGCAGCCUUCUCCGUGGGCCACCUGAAGGUGACCUGGGCGGUGUGGGGGGAGCUGGCGCUGGGCUUGUUCUCUGCAGUGGCGACGGGUGCUGUGUUUCUCAUGGCGCUCACCAGCAGCAUCUGGGCGUGCUACGCUGGUUAUGUCAUAUUCAAGUCCUGCUACAUGCUCCUCAUUACUAUCACAACAUUUCAGAUUGCAUCUAACCUCUCCAUGGAGUGCUACGCUUUGGCUUUCGGUAUCAACACUUUUGUAGCCAUUUUACUGCAGACCAUUGUAACACUUGUAGUCGUUGAUGAAGCUACGCUGGGACUGGACAUUGUGACGCAGUUCAUCGUCUACGGCAGCUACUACGCCUUCAUCUCAGUGCUCUUUCUGAUCCGAGGGACAUACACCGCCUGCACAAAUCAGAGAAGUCCUGAACUCACACAAAGCAAGGAACACGAGCGCAGUGGGGAUGUGAUCUCUGCGGAGCGUUUCUGA